GUGGGCGCGGGCCCGGGCUGAGUCAGCGGGAGGCGGAUAAAGGCGGCGGCGGCGGCCCCGGGCCGGGCGUUCCGGGAUCUGCCGGGAUGGAGCUCCCGGGGCUGGGCCAGCACUGCUCGGAGCGCGCCUGCAAGCAGCUGGAUUUCCUUCCUCUGAAAUGUGAUGCAUGUGGAGAAGUCUUCUGUAAAGAGCACAUCCGUUAUGAUGACCACAAAUGCAGUUCUGCAUAUAAGAAAAAUGUGCAGGUUCCAGUGUGUCCACUCUGUAAUACACCUAUCCCAGUACAGAAGGGGGAAAUACCAGAUAUUGUGGUUGGAGCCCACAUGGAUAAGGACUGCAAAUACAAUCCAGCACAGCAGAAGCAGAGGAUCUUCAUAAACAAGUGCUUAAAGCCAGGCUGCAAAAAGAAAGAGAUGAUGAAGGUAGUUUGUGAACAGUGUGGUGGUAACUUCUGCAUAAAACAUCGGCAUCCUCUGGAUCAUGACUGUAAAGGGAGCAGCCACCCCACCUCCAAGGCUGGAUAUGCAGCCCUGAUGAGAGCCUCUCAAAAUGCCUUCAAGUCAACAGGAGCAAUUGGAGUGCCAUCUAAUGGGAGUCUUCAGCACAACAGAUGCAGAUAGUAGAGGCUCUUCACAUCUGGAUCAAACCUCUGUCUACUUAAUCUUGUUUAUAGCUCUUUAAUUUUCUAUGCAAUUAAUUUAUUUUUGUAUCAUAGUGUUUAUGCAUUCAAUAAACUGUCACCCUUUCCAAGUCAA